AUGAACACUUCCAACCACCAGCAGUACUACGGCGGCAACGCCUACGCCAACCGCACCGACUCGUACGCCCCCCUGCGCCCCGAAGGCCUCGGCCUCGGCUCCAUCUUCCCUGGUCAGGACAGUGCACACGACUCUCGCCUUCGCCAGCAGCAGCCGCAGCAAUACCCCUCGCACCACCAGCACCACCAGCAGAACAAUGCCUACCGCUCUGCCGACCCGCUGCGUGACAUCUCGGCGCUCCAGGCCAGCCUCGAGGACCAGCUCGCCGCCAUGCGUCUUCAGUCCAGCCACAACUCGGACGCCCAGCUCGGCUACCAGAGCUACGCUGCGAACCAGGGCGGAUACGCCCAUCAGCAUCAGUACGCGCAGCAGCAGCAGUAUCUCCAGAUGCAGCUCCAGCAGCAGUUUGCCCAGCAGCAGGCAGCCGUGCAGCAGCAAAAGAUCGAGCUGCUCCGUCUGCAGGCGCUGCAGAAGCAACAGCAGCAGCAGCAGCAGCUCCAGUACGGCCACCAGCAGCUCUACAGCAACGGCGACAACAGCAACAAUAACAACAACAGCCACCAGCAGCAGCUGGCUGCCCAGCAGCGCCUGCUUCUCUCGCAGCUUCAAGGCGGACACGGCGAGCUCGACAUGGGCUCGCUCUACAACACCACCGCCGCUUCUGCUCAGGAGCAGAGGCAAGCGGCACAGGCGAGCCUCCAAGCCAGCCUGCGUCAGCGACAGGUGCAGCAGCUCUACCAGACCAUGGGGCUGGAAAACGGCGCACACGCAACGGCUCCCAGCUACAACGAUUCGAUCCAGCAACAGCAGCAGCAACAGCAGCUGCAAAACAUUCUCAACCGCCACACGCGCCCGGUGAGCAACGAAGGCGCUGCACCCUCGCGCGUGCCCCUCGACCAGAGGAGCUGGCGAGGAGGUGCGAUGGCAGGCGAAGAGAGGAUGCCCACGCCGCCUUCGCACCGAGGCAGCUCGCCGGCGUCUUCGGUCAGCGACUCGCGCCGUCCGAUGCGCCCGUCGUCCGGCACGGCCGAGAGCAUCAUGUCGAUGCGCUCGCGCACCAUGACGCCUUCGAUCGUGAUCGACGACAGCGCCUCGGAGGGCUCGCGCGCCCACUCGGAGUUCGACCAGGUGGAGGGCGACCAGACGCCCGAGACGAGCGAGGAGGACCUCGAGGUGCACACGACGCCGAUGAGCAAGGCGACGCAGAUGCAGCUGCACAAGCAGGCCAACGGCGGUCGCUACGGAUCGCUGGGCCGGGCGGGUGCCAAUGCGGGUGCCAAUGCGGGUGCCAAUGCGGGUGCCGGUGCCGGUGCCGGUGCGAGUGCAAGUGCGCCUACGUCGACCAGCGCGACGCCGCCGAUGAGCGCGCCCAAGGCGAUCCCGCGUGCGAUCCACCUUUCUGCGGCGCCGCAGCACCGCGCGUUCAAGGCGAACGGCUCGUCGGACGGCGUGCAGACGAUCAACAACGCCGGGCUUACGCUGCCUCCGAUCCAGCCGCGGCGCCAGCCCAAGGGCCAGCCGAGCGACUUUGCCAAGGUCAACUUCCAGGCGCGCAUGAACAGCCGGCUGCGCAAGGACGCCAUGUCGAAGCUGUGCGCCAGUCCGCGCGCCGCGAGCUUUGGCGGCAACGGCAUGAGCUUUGGCGCGCGCCUCUCGAGUGCUGGCAGCAACGUGGGCGGCGUCAGUGUGAUGGCUGCGCAGCCUUGA